AUGUCGGAACAAACUUUCUCAACGAAACAUCCCCUCGACAGUCAUACCUCAGACCCGAUCGUCACAACCGAGUCGGGUGAUAUUCGGGGCAGGACUGCUGACGAUGUUCAUGUGUUCAAAGGGGUGCCAUUUGCUGCACCGCCUUUCGGGCCCAAUUACCUCCGUCCUCCACAACCACCGAUGCAUUGGGGAGGUGUGCGUGACACACUAAGUUUCGGGCCCAAGUCUCCGCAGGUUCCCUAUCCACCGGGAAUCGCUGACGGCCUCGCAGAGCUAGUCAGCACUGGUGAAGAUUGCCUGACCCUCAACAUCUGGACACCUAGCCUUGGCACCGCGGAACGGCCAGUAAUGGUCUGGAUUCCUGGUGGUAUGUUUGAAUUCCAUGCCACUGGCGCUGUAGCCUACUACAAUGGUAGUAGGUUUGCCCGAGAUGGCGUUGUAUGUGUCACCAUCAAUUAUCGCGUUGGUGCCCAAGGAUUUCUCUAUGUAGACGAUGGCAUCCCCAACCUUGGCCUGCUUGACCAAAUCGCCGCCCUCGAAUGGGUGCACAAGAACAUAGCCGCAUUCGGCGGCGACCCAGGCAGGGUCACUAUUUUUGGAGAGUCGGCUGGUGCCAUGAGCGUCGUCACGCUACUUGCUGUCCCCAAGGCUAAAGGGCUGUUCCGCCGAGCGAUUGUGCAAAGUGGGAGCAACCCAAAGCUGAAUUCGACAGCAACAGCGAAACGGAUCGGACAGCGAUUGGCAGAGAUCUUGGGCAUUGAGGCUACAUGGGAGGCCAUCAGCAUGACACCGUCUGAUCAGAUCCUCCAUGCUCAGGCGCAGCUGCGAGACGAGCUGGUCGGGCGACCUGACCCGACUUUCUGGGGCGAGGUCGCGCUUAGUUUUAUCCCGUGGGCACCAACAAUCGACGGGGAUAUUAUUCCGGUGCAUCCAAUGGAUACUAUCCGUGCUGGUGCUGCAGCCGACAUCGACUUGGUCGUUGGCUCCAACACCGAGGAAACACGUCUUUUCUUAGUUCCAGACGGCUCCAUUGAUCGCAUUACGGAAGAGAACUUAUCCGCGAUAGCUGGCGUGUACGGCUUGUUGCCAGAGGGCAUCGACGCGUAUCGUGAGUUACAUCCGGGAGCCAGUCCUGGUGAGCUAUUCUCGGCGAUCCAGACCGACUGGUUCUGGCGGAUCCCUGCUAUUCGCUUUGCCGACGCCCAUGCAGAGGCAGCUAGGGCUUUGACCUAUAUGUAUGAAUUUGCUUGGCAAUCGCCUCAGAUGGGCGGUCGCCUCGGCGCAUCCCAUUCUUUGGAGAUCCCCUUUGUCUUCGACACGCUCGGCCUUGGAACAGAGCCCCUUCUUGGCCCAACUCCUGCGCAAGAGCUCGCUGACAUUAUGCAUCGGGCCUGGGUGGCGUUUGCCACAAUAGGAGAUCCUGGAUGGCCGAAAUAUAAUGCUAGCCGCAGGUCAACUAUGCAUUUUAAUAUAGCCUCCAGAGCGGUGAAUAAUCCUCUUAAUAUAAUAAUUAAGCUUUGGGAUAAUAUAUAUUAA